GUUUCGCUCUUUUAGGCUAUCUAUAUCAGUCGGGUUCUCUCAUUUUGAUAUUAUCCAAAAAAGAAGAGAAAAAAAAAGUUUCAAUCGUUCAAGCAGCCUCGGCGAUCUAUCUUUGAACCAGCAUACAGCUUGAGAACUCAAAAUGCAUCUUAGAGACACAAGCACCGUCAACCCCCUCUCGACCCCAACAAUAGAUCAACAAGACCUGAAAACAGAUUCAGCAACCCAUACAACAAUUUCGAUCACCACUGGCGCCUCUCUCUCGGACAGUGAAACAAUAGCCCCACAACAAGCCACACCCCGCCCUCUUUACUUCGCCUAUGGCUCCAACCUCUCCUUCACACAGAUGCGUCUCCGCUGCACAUGCAAUCCUGAUCUCUCGUCCAAGCCUGUUGCUGUCGCCCGUCUGGAUCGCUGGCGCUGGCUGAUCUGUCAGGCUGGUUAUGCGAACGUUAUGCCACCCACAGAGUUCCGUGUCGGUAAGGAAGCAGACGAGGGCGAAAAUGUACCGGUUUCUGGAGAAGAGGAUACAGUUUACGGGGUCUUGUACGAGAUGGAUAUUCAGGAUGAAAGGUUGCUAGAUGGGUAUGAGGGUGUUGAUCAUUCGGCGCUGCCGUCACGGGCUACGCAUAAGGUUCCUGCGCAUAUUCGGCCGACGGAACAGGGCUAUGGAGAUUAUAACAAGUGGUAUGUUCCAGCUACAGUUACGGUGUGGCUGGAUGAGAAACAGAAGAAACAGAGGGAGGGCGGUGUUAUUGAGACGUUAGUCUAUGUGGAUGAGGAGAGGGUAAAGUUGGGUCCGCCGAGGGAUGAGUAUAUUCCGAGAAUGAAUCGCGCGAUCCGUGAGGCGGAGACUUUGGGGUUUCCCAAGAAGUGGGCAGAUGAGGUGAUGAGGAAGUCAAUCCCUUUGAACUAGAGGGGGGAGGCGGGAGAUCUUUUCUUCUGCUCUUGUUUUGAUUUACUUUAUAGAUACAUUACGGAUGAUAUUUGCAAAUAGGCAUAUUAUAAUGACCGAAUGAUUGCGAAUGAUACAAUUCUCACAACCAUAAAUCUCAUUGAAUCAAGAUGCCAUACUACUAGUAUUGUUAUUCACUUGUAUUGUCUAUAGUAGGUCCCAGUAAGGAAAUGUGUCAUGAUGGUGGACAUGCGAUUCCGCUCCCCUAACUUUUCUUAAGUUCGUGGUACAAAUGGGUUGUUGUUCUGACCUUCAU